GGGCCAGUUGAGGAGGGGAAGGGAGCUUAGCACGGCAAAGCUUGUUCUUUCCUCGGAGCGAGAGAGCUCUUCGCUUGAGCGCCAGGAGGAGAGAGCCGACGAGCGGACGUAGGAGAGGAGGGAGAGAGCAAGAGAGGUAGCGCGAGUUAGGGCCUGGUAAGGCUGUGUUAAAGAGCGAUAAUACUUGCUCGUUAACCAUUCCGUGGUUGUGAAAUCCGUGUGGGAACAACAGAAGAAGAGAUUCAUGUUUUCGCGUGCGUGAGACGAAGCAGGUGCAGUUUGUCGCAGCAGGUUAUGUGCUUGGAAGCUUUUUGGAACGAGUUCAUGCGUCGAUAGGUGCCAGGCUUCAUACUGUUCGCCUUGAAGUGGCGCUGUCGUGUAGGGGCAAGGGAGUUCGAGACAGUGGGUUGUUUACAAUUUCUGGCAAAGGUUGGAAAAGCUUGCGCACUUCAUAUUUUUGGUUGGAGGUUGAUGGCAGGUCUUUGGAUAUGUUGACAGACUUUGCUGGUAGGUUUAUGGCUUGAUGAGUGAGUAGGCCUUGGGAAGUGCACAACGAAUGCUUGAUUUCAACAGGCGGUGGCAGUGUAAACACACUCUCGAGUUGGAUCUUUCAUUGAGAACUUGCUGUCGAGGUGAGCGACAUUGAGAUCAAUAGUGUUUCUCACAGAUUUAUUCAACAUGAUCUUGACAGUGCGACAUUGGAUUGGAUGAGAAGGGAAAAUUAUGGGCAAGAGGUCUUUGCUAAGGUGCUGCAUGGGGUAUCACAGGGCACAAUCACGGAGAGGCUUGAGGAAAGUACAGUAGUCUAAACGCAUGGGUCAGGACCGAAGGGGCUUGCAUACCAAGAAUGACUCGCACAGGAUGUACUGAUCAGACAAGACGACUAAGCAAACCAGCUUCUGGGAUAGUUCUAGGAUGGCAAUGUUAGUGGAAAAACUCAGGAUUCUGGUAGGAACUCUCAAGGAUCUGCAUGGCUGCGCUUGCAGCCAAGGCCAUGGGAACAGUUCCAGUCAAGGAAAAGCAAGCCCUUCUUGAGACCCGACGUCAGCAGACUAAGAAGGCCAAGUCAAUUCUUGCUGGUAGCUCGUCACGAUCAGUUACCUCGGAACAGGCUGGGGAGAGUAGGUCUCUCGACGGAGAGUGUGUUACAUGGUUGGACGCAAGCAGCAAGGAAGAAGGGGGUCUGAAAAGGCCUGAUGGAGCUAUGGAUAGAAGUUUUGGAAGGCUUGCAUUGCAGGCCUCUUCUACCUUUGAAGGAACUGAGGGUGAUACUUAUGUGGAAAGCUCGCUCGGAACGAAUUAUGAUGGAUCAUCGCCAUCUAAGUUUUGCAUCCGGCAAUACACGGAAAUAGUUCGUCAAGACAGAGGUGAUCUGAAGCAGAGCUGGCCCUUGGCCGAGGAGUACCUACGAGGUCGUGUUUUACAAGGUAGAGUACAGGUUUCCUUGUGGCCUCCCAUAGGUGGUGGAGAGUCGGCACUCACACAGGCUUACAAAACUCAAUCCAGCACACCGGAAGGUCCUCUCCCUCAUUUAUUCAAGCUAGAGAUAGCAUUUGCGGAGUCUGGGUUGUCUGAAGAUAAGCCGGACCAAUCGUGGUUAACGUCGGAGGAGGUGGGGAUUGAGAAAAGGUCCGGAGCGCAGAUAAUCCCUAGCUUAGAUCUUCUGGAAAGACGGCCGCUAGAAGAGGGGGCCUGCAUCACGAGGACCAAAUCGUUCAAGAGUGCUCGCAGGAUUUCUCCUACGGUGGAUUGUUCUGGGAACGGUGAAGCACAGGAACGACCGAAGAAGGAUAGACGGCAGCGGGAUACUGAUGCCAAGCAAGUGGAGCAAUUAGCUCCGUCUCAAACAGGUUCACUGCGAUCGAUUUCUAGAGCGGAUGCCAAAGACGCCGGUUGCGUGGUUGAGCGUGGAGGAAAACAGGUCCAAGGAGAUAAUGGUUUGAUCCAGCUCAAGGAUACUGGGUUCGUACACACUGAACUAGGAGGAGUUGGUUUAGACACAGACAAGAGCAAGCGGUUCUUGGAUGUUACUCAUCCUUAUGCGUCUCAGGAGAGAAAGACGGUUGACAGAUCGUGGAAAGUACAGUGCUCAGCUGAGAACGUAGCGGAUAUCAAUGAUAGAGUUGCGAGUACGGGCAAAGGGAAAGCAGCAGCAGCAAAUUUAGGUGCAGAAGUUGAGGGUUGGCCACUGAGUACUCGCAGCACUACGCACAUUGGGGAUUCAGGUAGUGAUCCAAAACGAGGGGAGAAGGAAACUGGUGACGUGGUUGCUAUCGAGAAGGAGACUACCGUUUCCAAACGAAGAAACGAGGAUGAUCGAGUUGUAGAAGAAAGAUCUGCCAAAUCAGACGGGGCUUCGGCAUCACGUCCUUCGACAAAGAGGCAGAGCAACAAAUCGUGUCCAGUCUGUCGAUCAUUUUCAUCCAUGUCUCAAACAACCAUGAAUGUGCACAUUGACAGCUGCCUAGUAGAGCAUCGGCAGGAAGAACAUGUCUCGGAUGCUGAACCUGUCGAGUCUGAGCUUGAACCUGAGCGCGAGCCUAAUCGAAGUAAGAUUUUGAAGUCCAAGGCCCAAGGCGCUAAACCAAAGCGGAAGAAGAGGUCAAUAGCCGACAUAGUAGCUAAUUCCUCGACCCGUACCUUGGAGGAGAGCCCGGGCAAGGAAGGUGCCAGAUUCAUAGGCCCUUAUUCCAGGUCCGCAGAUCAGGUACACGACUCGAAAAACCUGAACUGGGUUUCAGGAAAUAAGAAGAAAAGGCAACCGCGAAAUGUGCCUUCGCGAAAUUUGAACGAGGAGAACGAGAAUAAACGAAGACGCCUUUUUCGCUUGGAAUCCACCACUGAGGAGUCGAAGCCCGGAAAGCAGGAGAAGCGUCGGCUCCCCGAGAAAGAGAGGGAAUUGACGAAGCUCAAGCAGUUGCGUGUGGAGAGGUCCAGUGGCCCCAGCACGAGCAUCAGCAAGUCUCCCAAGGGUGCCACUCCUGUCCAAAAUGGUGUUGAAGCGGAAUCUCGACGCUCAGGAACACGGAAGUCAGGAGUGGCAACUCCAAUGUCACAGUCACCGAGCACUAGAUCAGGUUCAGGAAAAGGUCAUGCGGUACAAUCAAACAAGGAGAGCAGCGAAACGGAUGGCUCUGAGCCAGUUGUCCCGCUUCGAGCAACCCGGACACCAGCUCCAGAGGAGUUACGCUUGGAGAUGGGGGAAGUGCCUGCACAGAUUCCGAAUGCCUUCGCACCUGGCAAACUUCCAACUCCAGCACAGGAAAAUUCUGCCACCGCAGCUGCAGCUAAACCUCGUGCAUCCAAGGCUCAUGCGAUUCCUGUCGCUGCUGGAAGGCUCGCUUCUACUGUGCCGACAAGUGAUAGAGCACCUAAGGCUCCUUGGUAUCCUCCUGCAGCAAUGCUUCGUAGUGGGACCAUUCCUCCCAUAGUAGUCACAGAAGCCUCAGGGAGUACCAUUCAUGAAGUCACGAGUGGAGUACCGAAGAGUCCCGGUUCAUCUGCAACAGCCGGAAACUUGAUUGAUACAGCCCGGAUCGUGACAACAGCCGAGGCAUCGAUCUCUUCCAGGAAGAGUCCUCGGUCAGCUACAGCCAACUCGAACAAAGUUCAGAAAGCUACCAGAUCGGUGGCACGAGAAACUCUACUUUCUACUGAAAUCAAUGACGAGGCGAAAACCAGUAUGGUUGACCCCGGUACUAAAACGAACUCACAGGUCGAGGUCCAAAGCCUGGCUGAGUGCAGGAUAUCUAAAGAGGUCGAGGACUAUUCGCAUCAGGUUGAGGCUGCUUUCGGAGGAAAUAAUAAACAAAGUCUGCAUACUCGUGGUGGAUCUCGAGCUGCCUCCGUCGGGUCAUUGCCUCAGUUUUCAUCAGUACAGGCGAAGACGGAUGCCGUUGCAGAUAAAAUUUCUGCGACUGCACUCGUGGGCAAGUCAGAGGGAGAGCAGCGAUCACUCUCAGAUAAGGGUCGGAAGAGAGAAGAGAGAAGGGGAUUAGUGAUAGCUGAGGAGGAGAGUGCAACAGCUAUCUCUAGUGAAAAGGAUGUAUCGAAGCAAGAUCAAGAUACAGAUCUUUCGGCCAGAUUGAUUCAGGAAGGCUGCAGUACCGGGGUUUCGGGUGACACACUGAUAGUAAAUGUGGGAGCAGGAAACUCUAUCGAACCGAAAGUUCCUAGGCUGAGAAAACGUGGUGAGUCGAAGGUAAAAUCCCAAACCUUGGCAGAGAAAGCUGUUGGCAAAGGAAAAAGAGCUCCGGUCGUGGAUUCUGGUCAAGACGAGGACACUAACCUCAAGCGGGGAUAUCCAAAUGCCGAUGUGAGCGAAGAAACUGCUGUUGUAGGAAACCAGCGAAAAGAUGAUAAACCGAAGCAAGAGAACCAGAAAAAGGACAAGAGGCGUCAAGCAGGGGUUACUGCUGUUGAGCAAGCGUUUAAAUUCAGUACUGUUUCUGUUCAGCCAGCAUUUCAGGAAAUGGUUGUGAGAAGAAUAGAAGGGGUAAUGGGGCAAGAGAAAGCUUCUGAACAUGUGGUUUCGAAGGUGGUGGGACAAGAGAAGGUAGUGGUCUUGACAAGUUCGAGUACCAUUGAACUAGCAUCUGCCAUACGUGAGCAAGAGAAUGGCAAGAAAGAGCGGUCGUUAGCUGAGGUACAAGCCAAUUCGAAUACUGAAAAUGCAAGGCCAGAAGAAACCGUGAACAAAACGGCGCAAUUACUGUUAGGAAGGGAUUCGGAAGUUAGCACUUCGUCUUCCCAGACGAAGGAAGUUAAUUCUCUAGUGCAAGAUUGCGGACGCACUGCGCCAGCCGUCGUGGAAGACGUGAUCCAGGGCCAGUGUUCUCAAGACUGGCCUCUUGUUCCACCAAGACCACUUGGCCGGAAAAAACUGCCAAUUAAAUGCGCUGCUCGAAGUGUAGGUACAGCUAAUGCUGUGGCAUUAGCCGCAAAGCAGGCUUCAGGUGCCACUCGUCAAAAUACACGGGGAACUAAAUCAGUCAAGAAACCUGGAUCAGAAAUUGCAGAGAAAGGAAACCAUCCGGUUGAAGUCCCUGCUGCCACUGUUCCCAAAACUCCCGUGAGUCGUAGUAGAGCUGCUCGGCAGUUGGCGAAGUCCCUUCCAAGUGGCAAAAAAGGUGCCCCUCAGAUCGAAGUAUCGACUGCUGAAGGCGAAAACAGUCGUCUUGCAAAUGGAGUCGCUGAUCCGAGUGCAAAAAAGAAAACAGACGUCGUUGGAUCCACCUCCAUCAAUUCUGGCCAACAGGCACUGCUGUCGCCAUCCUCAAGCUGGGUCAAAAGUCCUGCCGUAGGACAGACAAGUAUGACUAUCGAUCCGGAAAUAGUUCCUUCUUCUCCAUGGAAUCGUGCGACCGAACCUUCUGAAAUUCCCAGGACUGAAGUCAUGGCAGAUGAUCGAAGGACUGUUUCUCGUGAGGAAAGUUGUGGUGCACCUGACAGGCCCCAGUCUGAAGAGCUACACUGUACAGAAACUCUGUUUAGCGCCUCUCAAACCAACACUGAGCCGAAUGCACAGGAAAAGACGUCACGUGGAGCCAUCUCAGAUAAAUUAGUGGAUACGGGACCAAGAUAUGCAGAGGUGCCGAACGAUACUGAAUGUGGAAAGAACUCUCACGAUGAUUUAGAUGCAUCGGUCGUUCAAGUGGCAGUUUCCCAGCUAGAUAGUUGCUUCUCUACAGGUAAGAGUCCUGAUGAAGGACGCCUUGGAGGGACUACUCCUUCGAGUGAUUUUCCAGGAGUGAAUGAUAAAGAUUCAAGAGAAAAUAGCAAGGAACAGGGAGCUCCUGGAGAUUCCGUUCCAGCGGCCGCAAGCCUUACUGUUGGAUUGCCUAGUAGAACUGUCUUGACGCCUGCGAAGGUGGUAAUCGCUACCCUACAAGGCAAGCCCGAUACAGCAGGUUCAUUUCAGACUCUGGAAGCAGGGCUUGCGACAUUCACAAGUAGCAUGGAAAACGCAGUUCGGUUGGCUGCUUUGACUACGAAAGUUGCAUCGACCUCAGCCAGUAUGAAUACUCAGCUGAGCCCAGCUCGUCAGAACAGCUCCAAUCCUGCUGUUGGGAUGAUCCGAUCUACUCCUUCCUAUCGGCUGAACACUACUGCUAUCGAGGGGGGCGGCUCUCAAGCAGUUAUUGUUCGAACGGGCACGUCGACAGCAACUGCACCUCCAACUAGUUUCACGAGUUUGUUGCAGUCUACCACCCUCCCGCCUCAGAGCUCUGCGGCGUUAUCACUAGCAAUGCAAGGUACAAGGCCAUUGCAAGAGGCGUGCGCAGAUCAGACUGAACUGUCAAGAGCAGUUGGAACAUCAUCUCGAGAUCCGAUGGAUACUUCGAAAAGAACUUCUGAAGGACUCAAUUGGGCUGCAGAGAAACAAGGAUUAGCAAGUGGAAGCGAUGCAUCAAUCUCUACGCAUGUUGCAGCAGGUACCGCAUUCUUUAGGCCUCCUCCUGAAAUGGCAGGACCCAUCAAGGUUUCAGAAGCUGGGGAAAAGGAGGUAUCGAGACUGCCAGGUUGGAUGAUUGCAGCCAUUUCUGAUCCAAAAGGCGGCGAGCCUGGUGCCUCAGUAAUCACAGAAUCAGAGCACACCCUGACUGUGAAAGGGUUGACUAGCAGCCCCGAAUGUGGUGAGAUGUCUGGUUCCGUCAAGGUACGGCUCUGGGGUCGAGAUGUAGUCGUUCCUCCAAAUGAGCAGAGCACACCAGCCAAUCCACCGUUACAACAAUCUCCAUUUGGUCACAGAAGUGAGACCCCAUCGGAGACUAUCGUUACCUGUCUCACCUCCACUCCGUGCCUAGAGGGUACACCAGCGAGCUCCCAGUCAGUCCUACAAGUGACCGCUCGGCCAGCCCCAGCUCGAAGUGGGCAAGGUGUCGCAGACGGUACCCACCAGAUUAGUAUGCCAGUCUUGAACGCCCCCAACAGUGUUGGGUCUGCAGACGUUGUGGCAGUGUUCGGAAAAUCAAACAAUCAUCAAGCUGAAAAUUACCUUUCGCGCUUGGAUUACAACAACCAGAGGACCCCCUACUCUGCAAAUAGCAGGGAAGAGCUAAGAAGCAGCAGAGCUAGCAAGGGCCAGACUCCAACAGCACAGUCUACCAUUCCCCCUGAAGUCAUAAUCAUCGACGAUACUGCAGAAUCUCCUGCAAAAUCAGGGGAUACUUUCUCAGGGGAGGGUUUGACCAUGGCCUUUUUACUUGAUUGCGGUGCGCUGCGAUACCUUCCCACGACUCAAAAUGGCAGGUCUGGAAGCCAGUUGAUGGAGGUGGAUCCAUCGAAGAUACCUCAGCGACUUGUCAAUCACAAUUUCAAUAUAUUGGCAGAACUGAGGAAGAUAGGGCUUGUUCCUGCACCCAAGGCAGUAUUACCAGCCUCUUAUAGACACUCUAGUUUAAGCUUGGAGGUGCCCCACAGCACUCCACCUCCUGCUUCAAGAGCUGUAUCUGACCAGCUUCCGCCGUGGCUCUUAGCUGAAAAGAAGAGGAAGGAGGCACAAAUUGCGGAGAAUCUCAUUGUGCUGGACGAUGAUGAUGAGCCUCCAACAGGAACUGUAAUAUUAGGUGAGAGGCGCCCAUUACACUCCCGCGCUUCACCUGGGGGUGGCUCCAACCUCUCUGGGCAGUCUAUCACAACAGGUCAGUUAUCUCCAACUCCUAUUGGGAAGUCUGGGAGCGACACUAGGGGGGUUGAUCAUUCCACAGCUGCGUUGAGAACCACAGGCAUGUCGAUGGGUGCUACAACGGUGUCAGCAUCCGGUCGUCAUAGCCCCGCAACGUCACAUGCUGGAGUACAUUUCCGAAGGGGAACAAGCUCAUCUUCUCUUGGAAGUGCGCCGUCCGUUGCACAGAAAAGUCUUUCUAGAAAGAACGAUCUCAUAGCUGGUGAAUUGAUAAUGACAACUGGCGAGGACGAGGUCUCAGUUACUGGCCAGGAAAGUCUUGUACGAGAAAAAAGCCGAUUGCAAACUCCAGGAGGUAGCAAAGAUCAUCUGGUGGGACAGAUAUCCCCAGGACCUUCUCGUAGGCAGAGGGAGGAGAAAGAGAAACAACAGCAAGUUCCUGAUCUCCAUCACGAGAAGAAGACACCGAAAGUAGGAGGUGGAGCACAAAAGUCAGGUUCUCCGACACCCGUGGUUGGUGGAACUCCUUCCAAGAAAGGCAGUGCUCAAGGCAUUUCAAUCUUAGCCCCUACCUGGAUGUCAGGGAACAAUGGCUGGCCUAAGAGGGGUGCUGCAGCACAAGCGUGCAAGCAAGCUGUUGAGAGACUUAAAGCUCAGAUCAUGUCCAGUCCAGCCAGAGAUGGAAUUUCUCAGGUCGGUACUGGUGGUGUGCUUGAUUUCGAAUCGCAUAUGAUUGGACAAGCACAGGAGAAAUCUACCAAUUUCGGGGGAAAUCUGACAACUGCCAACUCAAGUUUGCAGAAUAUUUCCUCACAGGCUGCCCAAGCUGGCUUUAGAUAUUCUUCUUUGUCGAGUAGGAGCGGGGGAGAUCAUGAGAACGCUCGUAGUUCCAAGGAGGCUCCUCACAACGGCCGAGGAGUAGGUCAAUCCCCAACACCAGUCGCUUUCUCAUCAUCAACUUCAAGCCCUUUCCCAUCCGCAACAACUCCAGUCUCCUUCACAACAUCAACGCAAGGUCCUUUCAUGUCAUCUGUAGCUGCGGCUGAGAGGGAUGUCUGUACUGUGUCCAAGUUAACGACUGUACCGUCCGUGGAGACAUCAGGUAUCAGAGUAAACCAUGCUAGUCACAGUACGGCGGGAGUCCAGGGGAGCGAAGCUAAUAAAGGCCGGAGUAGCAACCAAGGAGCCAAGUCAUCAGACCCUUCAGCUACAAAUGUUGGAGAUGGUAACUUGAGUAACCUUGUGGUGUCGAGUACUCCAGCUCGCGAGCCGUCAUCUUCAGAGCAAUCAUCACCCACGUUUUCUCACAUUGGAAGGUCAGGUUCUUCUUCACCAACCGUUAGGUCGAGGGGAUUGGGUGGAACCAAGACGGCCAUUGAAGCUAGUAGUUCACUGCUGGCAAGAGGAGCGAUGCAGUCCGAACAAAGCUCUAUGUUGACUGCGCAAGGGACACCCUUCUCCAGACUACCUCCUUCGAGGCUUUCCCUUCCUGUUACCGGAACAUCUAUGUCAAUAUCGAGCACUAAAGCACUUCUUGAGCAAGUGUGCUUCACAACCAAAGCAGCUACUGACACUUUCACUAGGGAAGUAUCGAACAUGCAUGAAGUCAUUGAGCAACCGAUCGGAGGAAUGGCCUCACCUCAAAAACGAAUUCAACCCUCUCGUCGGAAAAGCACGACUCCUGUGAACGGUGGGGAAAAAUCUACUUCAAGUCCUAUUUCAGCUGGUUCUCCGCCUAUUCCUGCAACGUUCUCAGCAACUGAUAUCACAUCCAGCUCAAACGCUCUAAACAGGUCAACACCUGGAUUUCCAUCCUGUGGUUCUUCCUCCAUUACUGACCAGCACAGGCAAAUGGAAGGAGGUAUGAUAAGUGCAGCGACCUUGAGAGAUCGUGCAACCGUGUUAGGGGCAGGAGCUUCGAGAAUUACAACCAACGACUUGCCUUUGAGUCCUCUGUUUGGAAGGACUUCUCAAACCUCAAGCCCGAGUCCAAGCUCAAGCCAGGGAAGAUACACACCUAAUAACACAGGCAUCAAUUCUUGUGACGGAGGAACAUGGAAACUAACGAGUCAAACAGAUGAAGACGAUCAAGACUCGGUGACUAUUUUAACCGAGCGGAGCCCAGGUAGUGGGAUUAUACCAGGCUAUCGGUUGCCUCCUCAUAUCGCCAGAGCGAUGGGGGGUCAUACGCAGAGGUCUCGGCCUACAACUCCAACGACUCCAGUCACAAACGGUGGCUUCUUUGGGCACAGAGGUAACGCGAGGUUGGAGCAUCCUUUCAAGCAGAAGGACUCGGAUAGUUCCCCAAGAUCUAAAGAUUCUGAAUGUCCUGCGCACGAGAGAUAUUCACAAACCAGAAGUACAAGAGAGGAGAAGAUGAAGGACGCGCAAAGAGAAAGCCCCAAGUCUACUUCGACAGAAACUGCAGAAAAGAUUCGCACUAAGAGUUUAAACUCCAUUUGAUGGGGAUCCGUUGCCAAGGAGAUUCCUGAAUUGUUAAGUAACCAAGGCUUCCAAGGUUGUCACCAAUGUGCAUUGCCAGGCUUCAGUGACGGUGCGGGCAGGAGAUGAACAAAGGAGAGUACAGUAAAUUGAUAGACGGGGUUUUUGAAGGCACCGGUAUGCCCCGAAGCUGUCAAGUCCUCUCCUCUAAUUCCUCAAAGAAACGAAGCCGAUGACUCGUCUUGUAUAUAGAGUAAUGAUGUCGUUUUAGGUGGGCAGUGCGGAAAUUAGGUCAGUGCUGCCAGCGUAUAGGCAGAUAAUGUUAUGCGGCUUUACUUUGUACAUUGAGCAUGCUAACUAGUGUAUUGAGUUCUUUGAACCUCAUUUUGAUGAACACAUGGUACAGAUAGGUAGAUAUCGAAGCAUGCCACUGUAAGACAUAUUUAAUGGAUUGGAUCCCUUCAAUCAAGCAAUGAUCUGUUCUUACUCUGUC